AUGUGGAUUUUACCGCUCAUCGGCUACGUCGGUGCCAUCGUCGGCUUCUGCUUCCUCACGCUCGCCAUCGCGUCCGGGCUCUACUACCUGUCGGAGCUCGUCGAGGAGCACACGGUGAUUGUGAAGCGACUCCUGACGCGCUUGAUAUACACCAUCAUCGUCGUGCAGCUUCUUCUGUGGCUCUUCGAUGGCUUCCCUUUCUGGUCGACGAUGCUCGGCAUUGCCGCUCACGUCGUCUACCUGGGCAACAUGCGACGCUUUCCCUUUGUCCGCCUAACCGAUCCGCUCUUCCUCUUGUCGUGUGUCAUCGUCCUCGCCGACCACUACGUGUGGUUCAAGUACUUCUCUGGCAGCCAAGCGCGGGCCCUGCAGCGAUCGUCGUACCUCACCGCCGCCGACGUGCCGAGCUUCACCAUGAUUGCCUCGUACUUUGGCCUCUGCGUGUGGCUGGUACCCUUUGCGCUCUUCGUCAGCCUGUCGGCGAGUGACAACGUCCUUCCCACCAUCGGCACGGAGCCGGUGCGCGGCAUGGACGGCAAGCCGAAACCCCAGGGCAUGGUCAAGGCCGUGGUGGACUACGUGCGCGGCGCCAUCGGCGAGAUUGCGAGCGCAGCUGGCAUAGGACGAUGA